GGCAUUUUGUUUGUCAUUAUUCACUAUUUUUAUUUUUACUGUAGAUUUUGUACAAUCUGUGUCUCACACUCCUCACCCGUUGAAGUAAUUUUAACUUUCUAUUCAACAGGAAAACUGCGGGCGUAUUUCUGAUGAUAACUUGUUUUAUUUCUGUAAAGAAUGUUUGUCUACGUCUAUUAAUUCAGUGCCUUAUCUACGUUGCGAGCCAGUAUUAAAGUGGCUAAUUUCUAUUUCCUGCCAAAUUUGUUUUUAAAUGUGCAUCCUUGAAUAGAUUUGCGUUAACAUGGAGCGUUUCCCGCUGAAAUCUUCAGCGAGCAACAUUCCCUCCACCUACCAGUCUCUUUACAAAAAGGGAAGAAAGAAUACGAACGGUCGCGGCAUUUUAGCUGUGGGCGAGGAGGACCUGGUGGACAUAACGGCGGGCCUGCAGCAGGCCGCCGCGUCCCGGACCGCGCCCGUCGCCGUCACGCCCACCAGCCACGGCACCUUCCAGCUGUACGACCACUCAGCGAGACCUUCCGACGCCGCCAACAACUCAUACGUCGCGCAGUUCUUCAAUUUGCCUGCCGGGGACGCAGUUAUAUUUUCCGGAAUGCAAGGAGACACUGACGAUAUCCCUGGCAUUGGGCAAUAUGAUGACUUUCACACCAUUGAUUGGCAGCGAGAUAUUGCCAGAGAUCGGAUGAGACAUAGAUAUAUUGUUAAAAAGAGACAGGACUCAAUAUGGGAUUUAAUAAAGGGUGCCCAUGACGCAUGGUCAGGCUGGGUGUGCGUGCUGCUGGUGGGGGUGUGCACAGGGGCAGUGGCGGGAGUCAUAGACAUCGGAGCCUCCUGGAUGACCGACUUGAAGUUUGGCAUUUGCCCUCAGGCAUUUUGGUUCAACAGAGAACAGUGCUGUUGGUCAAGCGAUGAGAUGACCUUUGAUCAGGGCAAUUGUUCGCAGUGGCUGACGUGGCCCCAAGUGUUCGGGGACUCGCGCGAGGGCGCCGGCGCGUACAUCAUCGGCUACCUGUUCUACAUCAUCUGGGCGCUCGUGUUCGCGGCGCUCUCCGCCUCGCUCGUGCGCAUGUUCGCGCCCUACGCCUGCGGCUCCGGUAUACCGGAAAUAAAGACGAUUCUCAGCGGUUUCAUCAUCCGCGGCUAUCUGGGCAAAUGGACCCUCAUCAUCAAAGUGGUGGGAUUGAUCUUGUCCGUAUCGUCCGGGUUGUCGUUGGGAAAGGAGGGCCCCAUGGUGCACAUCGCCAGUUGUCUCGGCAACAUUCUGUCCUACCUGUUCCCGAAGUACGGUCGCAACGAGGCCAAGAAACGAGAGAUCCUGUCGGCGGCGGCGGCCGCAGGCGUGUCGGUGGCGUUCGGCGCGCCCAUCGGCGGCGUCCUCUUCAGCCUCGAGGAGGUGUCGUAUUACUUUCCUCUGAAGACCCUGUGGCGUUCGUUCUUCUGCGCGUUGAUAGCGGCGUUCGUUCUGCGCUCCAUUAACCCGUUCGGGAACGAGCACUCGGUGCUGUUCUUCGUCGAGUACAACAAGCCGUGGAUAUUCUUCGAGCUCGUGCCCUUCGUCGGACUCGGAAUCAUCGGGGGAUGCAUCGCCACGGUGUUCAUCAAGGCCAACAUCUACUGGUGCCGAUACCGCAAGCACUCGAAGCUCGGCCAGUACCCGGUGACGGAGGUGCUGGUGGUGACGCUGGUGACGGCGGUGGUCGCCUACCCCAACCCCUACACCCGCAUGAACACCAGCCAGCUCAUCUACUUGCUGUUCAAUCAGUGCGGAAUAUCUAACUCGGAUCCUCUGUGCGACUACGACCGCAACUUCACGGACGUGAACUCCGCCAUCGAGAAGGCGGCGGCGGGCCCCGGCGUGUACCGCGCCGUCUGGCUGCUCGUGCUCGCGCUGGUGCUGAAGCUGGUCAUGACGGUGUUCACGUUCGGCAUCAAGGUGCCCUGCGGGCUGUUCAUCCCGAGCCUCGCGCUCGGCGCCAUCGCCGGCCGCAUCGUCGGCAUCGGCGUGGAGCAGCUGGCCUACAACUAUCCCAAGAUCUGGCCGUUCUCCGGGGAGUGUUCGACGGGUGACGACUGCAUCACGCCCGGCCUAUACGCCAUGGUGGGCGCGGCGGCCGUGCUCGGCGGCGUGACGCGCAUGACCGUGUCGCUGGUGGUGAUAAUGUUCGAGCUGACGGGCGGGGUGCGGUACAUCGUACCGCUGAUGGCCGCCGCCAUGGCCUCCAAGUGGGUGGGCGACGCGCUCGGCCGGCAGGGGAUCUACGACGCCCACAUCGCGCUCAACGGCUACCCCUUCCUCGACAGCAAGGACGAGUUCCAGCACACCUCGCUCGCCGCCGACGUCAUGCAACCCAAGCGCAACGAGACGCUGGCGGUGAUAACGCAGGACUCGAUGACCGUCGACGACGUGGAGAGCCUGUUGAAGGAGACGGAGCACAACGGCUACCCCGUGGUGGUGUCCAAGGAGUCGCAGUACCUGGUCGGCUUCGUGCUGCGCCGGGACCUCAACCUGGCCAUCGCGAACGCGCGGCGCACCAUGGAGGGCAUCACGGGCCAGUCGGUGGUGAUGUUCGCGGGUGGGGCGGGGGCUGCGGGGGCGGGGGCUGCGGCCGCUCUCCCCGCGCCCCCCACUCUGCCGCUCAACCGCAUCCUCGACAUGGCACCCAUCACGGUGACAGACCAGACGCCCAUGGAGACGGUCGUCGACAUGUUCCGCAAGCUCGGCCUCCGCCAGACGCUCGUCACGCACAACGGACGUCUACUCGGCGUCAUCACCAAAAAGGACGUGCUGCGUCAUGUCAAGCAAAUGGACAACGAGGAUCCCAAUUCCGUUCUAUUCAAUUAGUUUUAAGUGACAUAUAAUUUUAGAAUUAGCGCCAACGUAGAGCGGAUUGUAUGAAGAUAAGUCAUGGAGCUCCAUUUAUGUAUAUGUUUGUAUGUACAGAAACAUCCAGAACAAACGACCAGAGCAGUCAG